AUGGCACAAACUAACGGCUUGAGCGAUGGCGCUGCCAAUGGAGUGCAAAAUGGCGAUACAGACAUUGAAGUCUUUACGGAUUAUCUGAUUGUCGGUACUGGUCCAGCUGGUGCUUCGCUAGCAUGUUUUCUCACGCAGCAUGGUUUGACUGGCUUGAUCGUUAGCCAAGAUCCAGGCAACGCGGAUACCCCUCGAGCUCAUAUCACGAACAUGGCAGCAAUAGACUGCCUGCGAGACAUUGGAGUGGACAGAGACUGCUAUAUCAUCGGCACUUCUGGCGAUUCUAUGAUUCACACCCGUUGGUCCAACAGUUUCGCUGGUGAAGAGUAUGCUCGCAUCUACUCAUGGGGCAACGACCCGAAACGAAAGGGCGACUAUGCGCUUGCCAGCCCUUCAGAGCCUCUGGACUUGCCACAGACCUUACUUGAACCUCUACUGAUACGAUAUGCUACGUUGAAUGGGUUCAAGUGCAGAUGGGACACCAAAUUCGUCUCUUUCGUCCAAGAACCGAACGGCAGGGGCGUCAGCACCACUCUUCACGACAGAGUCACAGGUCGCGAUUAUCGAGUCCGCUCCAAGUAUUUGUUCGGCGCCGAUGGUGCUCGUAGUCCCAUCAUGCAGCAAACAGGCAUCCCGAUGAUCAAGCGCCCUGGCCAGGGUUAUGCUAUCAACAUUUUGAUGGAGGCAGACCUGUCGCAUCUGAUGGAGAAUCGCAUGGGCAAUCUGCACUGGCUUCUGACGCCCGACAAGGAGCAUCCCGAUUUUGCUUGGAUAGGUUGUAUUCGAAUGGUGAAGCCGUGGUUCGAAUGGUUGUGCAUCAUCUUUCCUACGCCAGGAGCCGAAAGGAAAAAUCGGUCUCCCGACGAGUACAUGAAACGUGUCCGCGAAUUCAUUGGAGACGAUUCAGUCGAGGUGAAAGUCAAGGGUAUCUCUACCUGGAUGAUCAAUGAAACAGCCGCAGAAGCAUACUCGAAAGGGGAUGUCUUCUGUCUCGGUGAUGCCGUACAUCGACACCCUCCGAACCAUGGCUUAGGGUCAAAUACUUGUAUUCAAGACGCCCACAACCUGGCAUGGAAGGUGGCAAUGGUCCACAAAGGUCUCGCUGGAAAGGAGUUGCUGGACAGUUUCAGUAUUGAACGACAACCCGUUGGGCUUGACGUCGUUACACAGGCGAACGCUUCUCUUCGCAACCACAAGAGGAUCUGGGAAGUUCUCGGGAAUUUGGAGUCCACGGUUGCGGCCCGCAUGGAAGCCUUUAAUAUCCUCAAAGAAGACUCUGAGAGAGGACGAAAACGUCGGGAAGAGUUGCAAGCGUGUUUGAAGCUCAUCAACCGCGAGGAACAUGGUCUUGGUAUCGAGAUGAACCAACGGUACACGUCGACGGCCGUGUACAAGUCUGACCAGGGAGCAAUGCCUACGUUCUCGACGGAUCCCCUCGAAUACUAUCAUGCGACCACAUACCCUGGUGCACGAUUGCCUCAUGUCUGGCUUAGCCACACCAUUCCUUCCAAGGCAGUUUCCACGAUUGAUCUGGCUGGAAAAGCUCGCUUCUCUUUGUUCACCGGCAUUGGUGGCCAAGGAUGGAAGGACGCGGCGGAGAGGAUUUCUGCUGAGCUUGGCGUUCCUAUCGCUGCUUACUCGAUAGGAUUCAGACAAGACUAUGAAGAUCGCUACCUCGACUGGGCCAAGGUCAGAGAUAUAGAAGAAUCAGGCUGUGUCUUGGUAAGGCCAGACUAUUUCGUGGCAUGGAGGAGUCAGCGGUGGGAACAGGAUGGGGUCGAGAAGCUGAGAACGGUGAUGAAAUCGGUGCUGUCACGAAGUUGA